AUGGCGGAGUCUGUUGUAACCUUUCUACUCAACAAGCUUGCAACCUUACCACAGCUGGAACAGUUGAAACUGCUGAGAGGGGUUUGGGGAGACGUUGAAUACAUCAGAGAUGAACUAGAGCGCAUGAAGGCCUUCCUGAGGGUGGCAGAUGCAAUGGAAGAGAGCGACGAGGAACUCAAAGUAUGGGUUAGGCAGGUCAGUGAUGUUGCUUAUGACACUGAAGAUGUUCUCGAUGAAUUCUCACAUCACCUUGCAGUACAUCCCCAACAGGAAUGGUUUUGCUGUUGGCUUGAUAUGAUCAGCUUUUGCACUCCCAGCAACUGGACGAAUCGCCUCCGAAUUGCCUAUAAAAUGCAGGGCAUCAAAUCCAGAGUCAUCAAUAUUUCUGAGGGGCAUAGGAGAUACCGUUACAGAUCCGAUGUUGCAAGGCAAGAAUGCUCAAGCUCCAUUACUACUGCUGCUACGAACAUUCAUGCAAGAAAUAUCGAGCGUAGAGGGGACGCACUUCUACUGGACGAAGCUGAGCUGGUGGGCAUCAACCAGCACAAAAGCUUGCUGAUCGAGUGCCUUGUAAAGGGCGGGUGCGGAGCUGGACUCAAGGUGGUUUCAGUUGUUGGGAUGGGGGGACUAGGGAAGACUACCCUAGUGAAGAAAGUGUAUGACGAUAUUGAAGUGAGGAAACACUUCGAAAGCCACAUGUGGAUCACAGUUUCUCAAUCAUUCAAGACUGAGGAGCUACUAAAGGACAUGAUUCGACAGCUCUACGACGGGAUCAGGCAACCAGUGCCCAAUUCUGUGGACAUGGGGAGCAGCCAAAUGCUGAAAGCAUCCAUCAAAGACUUCCUGCAACAAAGGAGGUACCUACUCAUUCUAGACGACGUAUGGGACUUACAUGCUUGGGAAGCAUUAAAAUAUACCUUGCCUAACUGCAAUUGUGACGGCCGAGUAUUGCUCACAACACGUAAUGUUGAUACAGCUUCGACGGCCUGUAAAGAGUCCCAUGGUAAUGUCUAUACUUUGAAGCCCUUAUCUCAAGAAGAGUCCUGGACUUUGUUUUGUAAAAAGACAUUUCCGGCUGAGUCUUGCCCUUCCUAUUUGGAGGGUAUCUCUAAAUGCAUCCUACAAAGAUGUGAGGGUUUGCCUCUUGCAAUUGUGGCGGUCAGCGGCGUUUUGUCAACAAAGGACGGCAUCGAUGAAUGGGAGAGUGUGUAUCGCAGCCUUGGUGCUGAGCUAGAAGGCAACAACAAGUUCGAUAGCUUGAAGGAAAUAUUGUUACUCAGUUACAAUGAUCUGCCUUAUUAUCUAAAAUCAUGUUUCUUGUACAUGAGCAUCUUUCCUGAGGAUUAUCUGAUAAGGCGGAUGAGACUUAUUCGGUUAUGGAUGGCUGAAGGGUUUGUGGAAGCAAAAGGAAGAAAGACCCAAGAAGAAGUGGGAGAGGGCUACCUCAAUGAGCUUGUCAAUAGAAGCUUAGUCCAAGUCGCUACCAGAACUAGAAAUGGAAGGGUUAGCACCUGCCGCGUCCAUGACCUUUUGCGCGAGAUUAUAGUAUCAAAGUCAAGAGGAGGCCAAAACCUGGUAGCAAUAGCCAAUGAAGAAAAUGUAAGGUGGCCUGAAAAGAUAAGACGCCUUGCUGUUCAUAAGACCCUGGAAAAUGUACCUCAGGACAUGGAGCUGGGUCAGCUGCGUUCUCUGCUCAUGUUCAGCUUACCAUCCGGGGACUGCAUUCCUACAUUGUCUAGUGGUGGUCUUAGGCUGCUCAAGGUGUUGGAUUUGCAAGGUGCACCCUUGGAGAUUAUUCCAAAUGAAGUUUGGAAUCUAUUCAAUUUGAGGUACCUGAGCUUGAGCAGAACCAAGGUGAAAGUGAUCCCAAGCUCUAUUGGGAAGCUUCAAAACCUUGAAACUCUGGAUCUUAAACAUUCCUAUGUCACUGAGUUGCCAGCAGAGAUCCUAAUGCUCCAUCAGCUCCGCCAUCUCCUGCUUUAUCGUUACGAGAAACAAACUUCUUCACCCUUCCACUCUACUUAUGGUUUCAAGGCACCCCAGGGAAUGCAAGCCUUAUCCUUCCUACAAAAGCUUUGUUUUGUAGAUGUAGAGGAGGGCAAUGGUGUGAUAAGUGAGGUGGGGCACCUGAAGCAACUGAGGAAGUUGGGCAUUAUCAAGUUGAGAAAGGAAGAUGGGAUGAAUUUGUGCUCUUCCAUUGAAAAAUUAAGCAACCUCCGGUCGUUGGAUGUGACUUCAAUACAAGAUGAUGAGAUGAUUGACCUGCAAUGCAUGUCUUCGCCUCCUAGGUUCCUGCAACGCCUGUGGCUACAGGGGCGUCUAGAGAAGAUGCCACACUGGAUCUCUUCACUUGACAACCUUGUCAAACUACGCCUGAGGUGGAGUCGCUUGAGGGACGAUCCUCUUGUGCUCCUUCAAGCUUUGCCCAGUCUCGUGGAACUUCAACUUCGCCAUGCGUAUGAAGGUGAAUCCUUAUGCUUCAAGAGUGCAGGGUUCUUGAGGCUUAAUAUUCUGCAUUUCCAUAAACUAGAGAGACUGAGACGGGUGACAGUGGAGGAUGGGGCGAUGCCUCGUCUUGAAAGAUUAGGAAUUUUCUACUGUAAACUGCUGGAGAAGGUGCCCCAGGGCAUUCAGUUCCUCACGCAACUGAAGUCCCUCGAUCUUGCUGAAAUGCCGAAUGAAUUUAUUGGGAAGCUACAGGACAGAAGUGGGGAAGAUUAUUCUGUAAUUGAGCACAUCCCAGAUGUUCGUUACACCUAUUGGGUCAACAACCAAUGGAAGCAAUAUCGCCUCUAG